AUGUACCCUACGCAGACCAGGUUAGGCAGCCAUGUGGCAGAAGCCUUGCUGGAGAAGGGCUAUGAGGUAGCAGGGGUUGUACGGCCCAGGAGCAACUUGCGGAACGUGGCCGCCUUCCAGUCCAAGGUGACGCUGGUCACUGCCGAGCUGACCGACCCUUGGCGCGUGCUGCGGCUCCUGGAAAGUCAACGGCCAGACUUCAUCUUCCACUUCGCGGCACAAGCCUUCAACAGUUUGUCCUUUGAACAACCUGCUGAGACGCUGCACACCAACCUCAUGAGCACUCUUCACCUGCUGGAAGCGAUGCGAGAGCUGAAGUUGAAGACAACCUGCUUGAAGAGCACCAAGAUCAUCAUCGCCGGCUCUUCCACAGUCUAUGGCGCCUCCACCGAGGCCUACGACGGCCCAGUGCCCGAGGAGGCGCCGCUGCAGCCGGUGUCGCCCUAUGGGGUGAGCAAGGCGGCCACGGAGAUGCCACGUGGCCCCAAACGGAGGGCCAGCCUCGGAGGCGACCUGAGGUUGGCCUUGUCCUACGUCCGUGCCCAUGGGCUGCACGUGGUGGUGCCGCGCUUCUUCAUCCACUUGGCGCCGAGGGGUGUGGAGAGUUUGGCGCUCCACGACUUCGCGCGACAAGUGGCCAUGGUGGAACGGGGCCUUUUGUCACCCCCAGUUCUCAGGCAUGGUGACCUCUCCACGCGCCGGGACAUCACCGACAUCGUGGACUCGGCACCAGUGGUGGUUUGCCUGGGAGAGGUGGCACCAAGUGGUACGGUGGUGAACCUGGGAUCCAACGUCUCGUAUAGCAUGCAGCACUUGCUACAUGAGAUGGUCCGGCUGAGCCCCUCUUGGGGCGAAGGUUUGGAGCAGGACGUCUCACGCUUGAGGGCCUAUGACGAACGCAUCGUGAUGGCCAACAUCAGCAAGGUGCAACAGCUCACAGGCUGGGUGCCACGGCCCAACAUCUCACUGCUCCUCCGGAUGCUGCUGGAUUACUGGCGUCAUGAGACGGCCUUUCGCUUUCCGGAGACAAAUGCAGCACCACGCACCCGUGAAGAGGAAGCUAUGGCAGUGGCCGUGCAGUGCAUCUCGUGCAUCGUUUGCCUCAAUGACAAUGCCACCUUGCGCUGGGAGCGCUUGGCCACCGACGAAGGUCCCAGUGGUAAGAUGUGUCAAGAGCUGGGCUACUCGGUGAAGUUACGUGGCACCGUUUUGGUCGAAGACGUGGAGUUCGGCCUGAGCAACACUGCCUCGGUGACGCGCUUGAAGCUCCAGGUUACGGUGCAAGCGACGCCAAGGGUCCCUUGGGGUGGCUUCAUCGCGAUCGCCUGUGGAGUUGAGCUUCAAAAAAGAGUUGACCAGAUAUACAUCAAACAUGCAUCAUGUUCAUAUAUGCUACAUAUAUUACAAAGUCAUAUAUGUAAGAUCUAA